AGUCGUAAACAACUUUUUCCCCAUCAUCGGCUGCAUGCAUGCUUCCUCGGAUUCUUUGAGUGACCUGUACAUUGGUGCGGAUUUGAUGCUUAUCAUUAUUUAUAGAAUUCAAUAUACAUGGCAACAGUGAAGGGUAUGGCCUACUCAUAAAUUCUCUCAACGAAUAAUGCUACAUUUGCCUAAUUUCCUGAAAUUAGUAAGACUUUGGAAUGAAAAAAGUGCCGGUUUCAACUCGCCUCUGUCUUAAUUAAGAAGUCCUCUGUUUGCCCUUUAUUACCGUAUGUGAAACAGUAAUCCUUUUCAAGGAAAUGCAUCUUCAUCAAGAUGUUUGAUCAUUACAAUUGAGCAUUUUUCUGAAGGGGCAUACAGGUACACUAUGCAGAUAACAAGGAGAUCCAAAAGCGUGAUUAAGACUGUGACGUAAACAGCUGUUAUGAAAGGAAUAUCUGAUUGGAAAAUUUUGUUUGCUCCUGAUUCAUAAUUGGUUUAUUGGUCUGUGAACGUAAUUAUCCAGAUGAUCUUCAGCAAAUGCAAGUUGAAAUAAGGUUGGAUUCUAAGAAUCUGAAGUGAUGAAUAAGUUUUACAUGUAUUAAAGUCAGGAAACAUCUUCAUCAUAUCAUUUAUUAGGCUGAUUGGAAGCUUUAUCAACCCUUGGCAAGGAUAACUGCAUGGAUGCAAAGAAAUCAUAUCUUAUCUAUGAAAUUAAGUUUUGACUUAGAAUGGUGGAAUCUACAUGUAUAUAAGAAUCAAUCCACUUCACAGGUAGCACUUCGCUGCAUUCAGAGACCAAUUAAACUCAAGUUUAACGUGAAACACCGACAAUGCCACCAUCCUCUGGAGAACUAUGGGGUUCACACCUGAUGCCUUCCAAGAUCCGUGUGGAAUGUCUCCUACCAAAUGGGAUCCUGGUGACCAUGGAAUGUGUGCGUGAAGCUACCUUGGAGAAGGUUAAGGCCAUGCUGUGGAGAGAAGCCUUCAAGUAUCCUCUAGCUCACCUCCUAGGGGAAGCAUCCUCCUACAUCUUUGUCAGCAUCACCCAGGAUGCGGAGAAGGAGGAGUUCUAUGAUGAGGGGCGGAGACUCUGUGAUCUAAGGCUGUUCCAACCGUGGCUGAAGGUUGUAGAACCGGCAGGAAACAGAGAAGAGAAGAUGCUCAAUUAUGAAAUAGGAGCGGCCAUUGGUGUCCCAAUCAACGAGUUUGACUCCAUCAAAGAUCCUCAGGUGGUUCACUUUAGACGUAACAUUCUAACAACAUGUAUGAAUGUAGUAGAGGAACGUGAAGAACAUGGAAAGAUGGGUCAAGCACUCUAUGCCUAUCCACCAAACCUUGAAGCAUCCGAGAUUCUACCUAAUCAUAUCCUACAGAAACUAGAAACAGGUGGUCUAACGAUAUGGGUUUGGGUAGUGUCACUGACAGGACAUCGGGAAAAGUACUCUAUCAUGGCUGCCAAAGACUCUACUCCAGAACUGAUCAUUGCCAGAGUGAUCUCUAAGAGAACAGAGGACAUGGACAUAACCAAUCAUCAACGGAAGAAGUGCAUAGAGGAAUACAAGACUACCUAUGUUCUCAAGGUUUGCGGGUGUGAGGAGUAUCUACUUGAUGAUAAUUAUCCAGUGUCACAGUAUAAGUAUAUCCGGGAGUGUCUGCUGAAGAGCAAGAUUCCUGAACUGAUGCUGAUGUCCAAAGACACGGUCCUAAACAGUCUUCCGGAUGUCCAUCUUCUUGUACCAUCAUACAUGAGACGAGCAUCUACCAUGCCUUCCAAUCAGACUACCACAUGUGUUUGGGAAGUGGAUGAAAACUUACAGGUCAAGAUCAACUUUGCUACCUAUGUCAAUGUAAAAGAACUAGACAAAAUAUACGUGAGAACAGGUAUUUAUCAUGGUGAAGAAUCCUUAUGUCCUAUAGUAUCAACAGAACAGGUCCCUUGGUCAAAUCCUCGCUGGAAUGAAUGGUUGACCUAUGACAUCAAGGUUAAUGAUAUUCCUCGCAGUGCAAGGUGGUGUGUUUCAAUCUGCUCGUCAGAGAAGCGGAAAGGCAAAAAGGAGGGUGGGUUUGCGAUAGCAUGGGGCAACGUCAACCUCUUUGACUUCACCAACCGGCUUCAGAUGGGUAACAUGCGUCUCUACCUCUGGCCUCCACCAAAGGGCAAUGAUGACCUUCUCAAUCCUUUUGGACAGACUGGACCUAAUCCUAACAAGGAUGCACCGUGCUUGGAGCUGGAGUUUCAUCGCUACCCUCAUAGUCUUAUCUUCCCCUGUUACUCCCAGAUCCAGCAGUUUGCCUUCUUUGUCACCAAGGCUCAGAGAAGAGAAGAGAUCAAUGAGGAUGAGAUACCUCCUACAGAAGAGGAAUUAGAGCAGCUAGAAGAGAUCUUGAAUAGAGACAGACUUCAUGAGAUGUCAGUACAAGAGAAAGAACUUGUUUGGAAACUCAGACUAGUAUGCAGAGAUCACCCUUACUCACUACCCAAGCUUCUUAGUUCUGUUAAAUGGUAUAGCAGAGAAGAUGUAGCUCAGCUAUAUGUUCUUCUGAAGGACUGGCCUGACAUGGAUGCAGAGACUGCUCUAGGUCUCCUAGAUUGUAGCUAUGCUGAUCUUGGUGUCAGGACUGAAGCAGUCAAUUGUCUAGACCGUAUGUCUGAUGAACAGGUUUCACAGUACUUACUUCAACUUGUACAGGUUUUGAAGUAUGAAUCUUACCUAGACAACCCUCUUGCCAGGUUUCUUCUCAAACGAUCUCUCUACAACCAAAGGAUUGGACAUUUCUUCUUCUGGCAUCUAAGAUCUGAGAUGCACAAGCCUAGCGUUAGUAGACGGUUUGGUCUGAUGUUAGAAGCCUACUGCAGGUCUCUUGGUCCAUACCUCAAGCUAUUGGUCCGACAGGUGGAGGCUUUAGACAAACUAUCUAAACUAACUGAAUCACUGAAUGAGAGAAAGGAUGACACAAACAGGGAUCGGUUGAAAUAUCUCACAGAGCAUAUGGCUCAGCCAGACUUCUUUGAAGCUCUCCAAGAAUUCCCCUUGCCUUUAAAUCCAUCCUUCUCUCUGGGCAAGCUUAGAGUGGACAAGUGUAAGAUCAUGUCAUCAGCAAAGCGCCCUCUAUGGCUAGAAUGGGAGAACCCUGAUCAGAUGUCUCUUUCAAUGUGUGAAGAUCUUAAGAUUAUCUUCAAGAGAGGGGAUGAUCUUAGACAAGAUAUGUUAACCCUUCAGAUGAUACAGAUAAUGGAUUCAAUAUGGCAGCAACAUGGAUUAGACCUCAAGAUGACACCUUAUCGUUGCCUAGCAACCGGUAACAUGACCGGUUUGAUUGAGGUUGUAAGGAAUUCAUCUAACAUCUAUGACAUCCAACAUAAGGCUGGUAUCAUGAGUACAUUACAGCUAAAGAGUGGUGUUAUUCAUCAAUGGAUCAAGGAAAAGUGCAAAGGAUCUCAAUAUGAUGCUGCUAUUGAUACAUUCACCAAGUCAUGUGCAGGAUACUGUGUAGCUACAUUUAUCUUGGGUAUAGGAGAUAGACAUAGUAGUAAUAUCAUGGUAUCACAACAAGGACAGAUCUUCCAUAUAGACUUUGGUCAUUUCUUAGGUCAUGUCAAGAAAAAAUAUGGCAUCAAAAGAGAGCGGGUGCCUUUUGUCCUAACAGAAGACUUCCUCAAGGUUAUUACUAAGGGCAAUGACAUCUCAAAGAGUCAAGAGUUUAAAAAAUUCCAGGAGCUAUGCUGUCAAGCCUACCUGAUCCUUCGUGAUCAUGCCAAUCUCUUCAUUAGUCUCUUCACCCUAAUGCUUGGUACUGAGAUCCCUGAACUCCAAUCUAUUGAUGAUGUUGGUUAUCUUCACAAGACACUGGCUGUUGGUAAGACAGAGAAUGAGGCCUUGGAGUACUUCUUGAAGCAGCUGAACGAUGCGCAUGGUGGAGGAUGGACCACAAAGAUGGACUGGCUGUGUCAUGCACUUAAACAUGGUAUAUGAAUGAAGGUUGCUUUCUUAGAUCAAAUUCUGGUUUCAGUCAGGAUAUAGAACAGGAGGGGAUGGACUGGCUAUAUCGAUAGACUGGUUAAUUUGUACUCUUUCAAACAAGGUAUAUGUAAAGCAGGCAGGUUGUCGCUGAAGUAGGUUUAAGUCUAUAUGAAUAGCUGCAACUGUUCGUAAAGUUACGCACGACUGGAACAUGUUCUUAGGCACUAAAUCAGUUACAUAGGGAUAU